GAGCCGAAGCUUAAAGAACAAAUUAAAAAAGUAGCUAGCAUGGCUUCACUUACAGCAGUUUGUGAGAUAAUGGAUCAGAAACCUGAAGCGCACCUUGAAUCUCUGCCUUCUGUGGAUGCUCUGAAGAGAUUUAUUUCCUUUUCUCAAUUCAAUGAAGUAUUAAAGAAGCCAUCUUAUAUUGAAGAAAAAAGUAGCUUAUGCGAAGAAACAACAUCUCAAGGAUGGGGGAAAAUUGUUGCACGCUAUGUUCGUGACCAGUGGAUUUGCCUUCGUUUCAUUUUAAAUUCGUUUCCAACACUGGCUCGAGAGUAUGAAGAAACUUCAGAAAUUGCAUUAUCUACAGUUGAAAGGUCAAGAAAAAUUCUAGAGUCUGCAUUAGAAGCCCUAACUAUUCUUCCUUCAGACCAAGUUUUACCUGUGUUUGAUUGCAUGAAAGUCCUUGUUCCCAAGCUUCUGGACUCAGCGGAGCCUCUCUGCAUAGAAGCAUUUGAUUUGGCUUGGAAAAUUAUAUCCUCUUUGAGCAACACACAGCUAAUAUUUUGGUCCAAUCUAAAAGCUUUUGUUCAGUUCGUCUUUGAUACUGAGGUUCUAGCUGUUGCUGCAAGUGCAAAGGGUCAAGCAUAUGCCAAAAUCAAAGAGAUAAUUUUCAAGCUCAUAGAUAUGUCCGCUACAAAGACUGGAGUCUUCAAUGUAGUCCUGAGUCAUUGUUGUCAGUCUUGGAUAUGUCCCACUGUUGAUGAGAGAAGUGCCUUGACAAAUGCUUUCUUAAAUGCUGGAAAUUAUUGUGAACUUAUCACUGAGGCUUGUGUCUUUGGAACUGUAUUUAGGAGAGAUCAAAGACUUAUUCAGGAUGUGCAUGCCUUCAUAGAAAAUCUUGGAGAAAAGUGUGCAGCAAAUGUUGUUACAGAAAGUACAAAUCGAGAUGAUCACUACGUUCGGGUUUGUGCUAUUAAAUUUCUGUGCUUGUUGGAUGGAUCAAAUAUCUUGCAUAAGACGUUUAUGGAAGACAUUUUCAUCAAACUGCUUGAUAAAGAUGAACUGGUAUCCAGAUCUAGAACACGCUAUUAUGCAAACUCUUUACAGCAUAGAAUUAAAAACCGGGUAUGGCAGACACUCUUAAUUCUUCUUCUGAAGCUUGACCAGAACUUUUUAUGUGGAACCCUUGACAAAGUUUUCCAGGCUGGAUUUGGUAACAAUCAGGCAUCUGUGAAAUACUUCAUAGAAUGGAUUGUUAUCUUGAGUCUACAUAAAUACCCCCAAUUCCUUAAUAAAUUCUGGGAUUGCUUUUGCUAUGAUGAAGAAAAGCUUAAAACAAGCAUCUGCACAUUUUUAUCAGUGUUAUCACACUUUGACAUCGUUCUUCAAAAUACCUCAGAGAAGAAGCCGGCUUUGAAGAAAGCCCUCAUAGUUGUUCUACAGUGGUGUUUCAACCACAAUUUCAGCGUUCGACUUUAUGCAUUAGUUGCCCUUAAAAAAAUUUGGGGUAUGUGCAGAAUGUUGCAUGUGGAAGAAUUUGAAGCUCUGACACCAGUUAUUGAAUCUAGCCUUCAACAAGUAGAGAACAUGCAUGGCACGGGGUUAGUAAAAAAAAAACAGGAGCGCUUACAAGACCAUUUCUUCUUUGCAACAUUUCAUCCACUUGAGGAUUACAGUCUAGAGACAAUAUUUUACACUCUUCCCCGCCUUUCGGAACUGGCUGAAGAUGAAUGGAUCUCACUUGCUAAAUUUGACAGAUUCACUGAUGUUCCUUUGCCACCAACAUUUCAGUGGUAUCAUUCUCGAAUGGAACUUCUUGAUCUGAAACCAAGUGACUGGUCUCAGCAAGACUUGGGUUCAAAUUCAGUUGAAACAGAUAGCCAGACAGAAUGGACUGAUGUUCAGAAAAAGAUUAUACCCUGGAAGAACAGUACUCCUAGUUUAGACCUGGAAAUGGUAUUUCAGGAUCGUGCUGCUAAACUUGGUAAAUCAAACAGCAGACUGAUUGUGGUGGCUUCACUUAUUGAUAAACCUACCAAUUUAGGAGGUUUAUGUCGUACAAGUGAAAUAUUUGGGGCAUCUGCACUGGUUGUUGGCAGUCUUCAUUAUAUACAGGAUAAGCAGUUUCAGCAUCUUAGUGUUUCUGCAGAGCAGUGGCUCCCCCUUGUUGAGGUGAAACCAUCUCAGCUUGUUGAUUAUUUACAGCAGAAAAAAACAGAAGGCUACACUAUUAUUGGUGUGGAACAGACAGCUAAAAGUUUUGAUCUUACAGAAUAUUGCUUCCCAGAGAAGUCACUAUUAUUGCUGGGAAAUGAACAUGAAGGAAUCCCAGCAAACCUGAUUCACCACCUGGAUGUCUGUGUGGAAAUUCCUCAGCAAGGUAUUAUUCGAUCACUCAAUGUUCAUGUAAGUGGAGCUCUGCUGAUUUGGGAGUACACAAGGCAACAAGUGAUCAAGCAAAAACAACAAAAAUAACUGCCAAGAGUUCCGUGCCUUAUAGUACAGCUGGGUGACUUACUAUGGUGCUACAACAUGAAAUUCUGAAUAGAUGAGAUACAAACUCAGGGUGAAUGAAGAUUCUUAAGUUUGCAUGUUUUGUUCUCUGUAGUUCAGACUGAUUUUUAAAUGCCUUAAUACUUUACCUCCUUAAAUAAAACUGUUGCAUUGGAAAUAA